AUGUCGUUGCGGAGGCGAACCUUGCUCAAGGUCAUUGUUCUCGGCGAUAGCGGGGUAGGAAAGACCUCGUUGAUGAAUCAAUACGUGCACAAGAAGUUUAGUCAGCAAUAUAAGGCAACAAUUGGAGCUGAUUUUGUCACUAAAGAGCUUCAGAUUGACGACAGACUUGUCACUCUACAAAUAUGGGACACUGCUGGGCAAGAGAGAUUCCAAAGCCUCGGGGUUGCGUUUUAUAGAGGCGCAGAUUGCUGUGUUCUUGCGUAUGAUGUUAAUGUGAUGAAGUCGUUUGAUACCCUUGACAACUGGCAUGAGGAGUUUCUCAAACAGGCAAACCCUCCCGAUCCAAGGACAUUUCCAUUUAUUUUGCUUGGAAACAAGAUUGAUAUUGACGGCGGGAAUAGUAGAGUGGUCUCUGAGAAGAAAGCAAAAGACUGGUGUGCUUCAAAAGGGAAUAUUCCCUACUUUGAAACAUCUGCAAAAGAGGACUACAAUGUCGACGCUGCAUUCCUGUGUAUUGCCAAGGCUGCUCUAGCCAAUGAACAUGAACAAGACAUAUAUUUUCAAGGGAUUCCUGAGGCAGCAGUUCCAGAGAAUGAGCAGAGGAGUGGAUGUGCAUGCUGA